CAUGAGUGUCUCUGCUCUGAGCCCCACCAGGUUCCUGGGCAGCGUCUCUGGCUUCCUCCAAGUGGUCUCCGUGCUUGGCCUGCUCCUGCUGCUGUUCAAAGCUGUCCAGUUCUACCUGCACAGGCAAUGGCUACUCAAGGCUUUCCAGCAGUUCCCAUGCCCACCCUUUCACUGGUUCUUUGGGCACAAGUGCCUUUACAAGGUAGACCAGGAGCUGCAAGUUAUUCUAAAACAGAUGAACAAUUUCCCAAGUGCCUAUCCACAGUGGAUCUGGGGGACCAAAGUGCGCUUCCAAGUAUAUGACCCUGACUACAUGAAGUUGAUCCUGGGGAGAUCAGACCCCAAAGCUCAUGGUUCCUACAGAUUUCUAGCUCCCUGGAUUGGGUACGGUUUGCUUCUGCUGAAUGGACAGCCAUGGUUCCAGCACCGACGAAUGUUGACCCCGGCCUUCCAUUAUGACAUUCUGAAGCCCUAUGUGGGAAUCAUGGCAGACUCUGUCCGUGUGAUGUUGGAUAAGUGGGAACAGAUUGUUGGCCAAGAUUCCACCCUGGAGAUCUUUCAAUACAUCACCUUGAUGACCCUGGACACCAUCAUGAAGUGCGCCUUCAACCAUGAGGGCAGUGUCCAGUUGGACAGAAAAUACAAGUCCUACAUCCAGGCAGUUGAGGACCUGAACAACCUCUCUUUUUUUCGCGUGAGGAACUUCUUUCACCAAAAUGACAUCAUCUACAGUGUAACUUCUAAUGGCCGCCAGGCCAACAGUGCCUGGCAACUUGCUCAUGAUCAUACAGACCAAGUGAUCAAAUCAAGGAGGGUUCAACUUCAGGAUGAGAGAGAGCUGGAGAAGAUUAAGAAGAAAAGGCGAUUGGAUUUCUUGGAUAUCCUCCUGUUUACCAGAAUGGAAAACGGAAGCAGCUUGUCUGACAAGGACCUGCGUGCUGAAGUGGAUACAUUCAUGUUUGAAGGCCAUGACACUACAGCCAGUGGUAUCUCCUGGAUCUUUUAUGCUUUGGCCAUGCACCCUGAACACCAGCAGAGAUGUAGGGAGGAGGUGCAGAGUCUCCUAGGAGACGGAGCUUCUAUCACCUGGGACCACCUGGACCAGAUGCCCUACACCACCAUGUGCAUCAAGGAGGCCCUGAGGAUCUACCCACCUGUACCAGGUGUGAGCAGAGAGCUCAGUACACCUGUCACAUUUCCUGAUGGCCGAUCUUUACCCAAAGGUGUCACAGUUCUGCUCUCCUUUUAUGGCCUUCAUCACAAUCCGACUGUCUGGCCAAACCCAGAGGUAUUUGACCCUUCUCGGUUUGCCCCAGAGUCUUCCCGACACAGCCAUGCAUUCCUGCCCUUCUCAGGAGGAGCAAGGAACUGCAUUGGGAAACAGUUUGCCAUGAAUGAGCUGAAGGUGGCCGUAGCCCUGACCCUGCUCCGCUUCCAGUUGCUGCCAGAUCCCACCAGAGUCCCAGUCCCCAUCGCAAGACUUGUGUUGAAGUCCAAGAAUGGGAUCCAUCUGUGUCUCAAAAAGCUCCAAUAAUCUUCGCAGAGCAAAGACAGCUCCAAUGGCAUGCUGCCUGCCAUCUUUCUUCCUGUCACUCACUCUUGUCCCUAGUCCAUCUGCUUACAUCCCUUUCUUUCUGCUCACCUUGUUUAUUUCCACCCACCUUCUGCCGUGCUUCCUAUUUCCUUGUCUCUUGGUCAUUUUUUUUCACCUUCUGGGAUCCCCAGCUGCUUUUCUCUCUACCUGCCUCCUACCUGACUUCACGUCUGACCUUCCACCUUAAUGAGCUCUCUGACUUCCUUUCUGCUGCUCAUCUGUCCUUAAAUGAGCUUAACCCCUAUGCCAUAAAUGACUACAAUAGAAGUAUGUGCCCGUGUGGUUUUAAAUAUCAGACAUUUUACAUCAUUUCACUGGAAUGAAG